AUGCCGGGGUUAGCGCAGAGGAAUGAACAACUCACUAAUGGCUCGUCGACGGCGCCGUGCACACUCUCUGCAAAUGGAUUCUGGUCGAAGAAUUCAGGCGAUGUUAGCUACAAUCAACUCCAGAAGCUUAUUCAAGCUGGCUCAAGCACAAUUGUGGUUGCAAUCUGCAACUUAAGACCUAUUUCACAGAGAUUGAGCUGUGACCUAGGUCAUGUUGACCCUUUCUGGACUGAGAUGUCAUUUCAAGCUCGGCAAAAGCUGUUGAAGAUAGACAAACAAUCGCUUUUUGAGCAAGCUCGCAAAAAUAUGUACUGCUCCAGGUGCAAUGGGUUGCUUCUUGAAGGUUUUGUGCAGAUUUCUAUGCAUGGGAAAUCUUUGCAACCAGAAGCGGUGGAUGGCCACUUUCCUUGCAACAGAACUGGAGGUUUACGAAAGCUAAACAAUGACAGAUCAAGCAUUGUCAAUGGAUGCCAAGACGAAAUUCAAGAUCCAUCAAUACAUCCUUGGGGAGGUCUGACCACAGCACGUGAUGGCUCAUUAACACUUAUGAGCUGCUACUUGUAUUCAAAGUCUUUGAAAGGACUGCAAAUUGUCUUCGAUGGGGCACGUUCUAGGGAGCGAGAAAGAGAACUGCUUUAUCCUGAUGCCUGUGGUGGGGGAGGCCGUGGUUGGAUAAGCCAAGGAAUAGUCAGUUAUGGUAGAGGACAUGGUACAAGAGAAACAUGUGCCCUGCAUACUGCCAGACUUUCAUGUGAUACACUAGUAGAUUUUUGGUCAGCACUUGGAGAGGAAACACGACUUUCUCUUCUAAGGAUGAAGGAAGAAGAUUUUAUUGAGAGACUUAUGUACAGGUUUGACAGCAAGAGAUUCUGCAGAGAUUGUAGAAGAAAUGUUAUUCGAGAAUUCAAGGAACUAAAAGAAUUGAAGCGCAUGCGCAGAGAACCUCGUUGCACCAGUUGGUUUUGUGUUGCGGACUCGGCCUUUCAAUAUGAGGUAUCUGAUGACUCAGUUCAAGCUGAUUGGCGUCAGACAUUUGGUGAUCCAUCAGGAACCUUUCAUCACUUUGAGUGGGCUGUGGGGACAACUGAAGGAAAUUCUGACAUUUUGGAAUUUGAAAAUGUUGGAUUGAAUGGAUGUGUUCAAGCCAGUGGCCUGGAUCUUGGUGGUUUGAGUGCAUGUUUUAUCACCGUCCGAGCUUGGAGAUUAGAUAGACGCUGUACUGAAUUUUCUGUUAAAGCUCAUUCGCUGAAGGGUCAGCAGUGUGUACAUUGCAGGUUAAUUGUAGGAGAUGGUUAUGUUACAAUCACAAAAGGGGAAAGUAUCAGAAGAUUCUUUGAACAUGCUGAAGAGGCUGAGGAAGAAGAGGAUGAUGAUUCAAUUGACAAGGAUGGGAAUGAGCCGGAUGGAGAAUGCUCCCGUCCCCAAAAACAUGCAAAAAGCCCUGAACUUGCUCGAGAAUUUCUGUUAGAUGCUGCCACUGUUAUUUUCAAAGAACAGGUUGAAAAGGCUUUCAGAGAAGGAACAGCUCGCCAAAACGCACACAGCAUAUUUGUUUGUCUUGCACUAAAACUGCUGGAGGAUCGAGUGCAUGUAGCUUGCAGAGAAAUCAUUACAUUGGAAAAACAGAUGAAGCUUCUUGAAGAAGAAGAAAAGGAAAAACGUGAAGAAGAAGAACGCAAGGAAAGGAAAAGGACAAAGGAAAGAGGGAAAAAGCUUAGGAGGAAGGAGAGAUUAAAAGGAAAAGAAAAAAGGUGCUCUGAAUCAAAUGAUGCUCUUGGUUCUGAAACCUCAAAGGAAGAAUUGUCUGCAGUUGUUGAUGUGGAGCACAAUUAUCCUGAUAGCUGCAGGAACUCAGUUAUUGAAACAGAUGAAACUAAUCUAUUAAGGGAUGAUUCUCCUAACAUCCAAGAUGAAGAAUUACCCAGUGAGGGUAAUACUUUGAAACCACAAGACCUCUCUUACGAUGAUUGUGAGGAAGAAAUUUCAAACCCAAAAGAUGAGAUAGAUCAGUCUACAAUUGAAGAAUCAAAGCUUUCUCAUAGAAGACAACGAUGUAGGAAAGACUUUCACCAGGAUAUGCCUGUGAAGUGGCCAGACAGACGGCGAUAUGCAGUUGUUUCAGAAAAUAGUGUGAUGGUUGGCGGCAGGUCUGAGCCAAGACAUUAUGGAGAGAGUUUUGUGACAUCAUCCAGGGUAAUGAAUGGUUUGAAUAGGCAAUCAAGGAUCAAUGCCCCAACAAAAUCCAAUGGUCGAAAUGUUGGUUCUCCAAAGUUUAAUGAGAAGUUUUAUAGUUCCAAGAAUCGGACAAAUGAGAGAUGUGAUAUUCAUUCUUGCAGUUGUAGCUUGAGUAAUGAAUAUAAGACAAGGGUUGAACAACAUUCACCUAUGACUAGAGUUAGUCGGGAGACAAAUCCUACUUGUCAGUCUGAAUCUGCAGGGGAUACAUCCAAGCAAUUUUAUCGUGGUACCAAGAAUAAUCAAGUAGACUGUAUGCAUGAGAGUAAUGGAAGAUCCAAAAACAAAAUCUAUUCGGGGAGCUAUCCCGGUAGGGAUUUGUUUCAAUCGAAGAGAGUUUGGGAGCCUACAGAAUCUCAGAAGAAAUAUCAUUGUAUUAAUUCUGACUCUGAUGUUAUUUUGAGGUCCAGUACAGUUCAGGAAACUCAGUCUGACCUGAUCAAGUCAUCUAUUGGGGAAGCUGCUGAGUCAGGUGAAAAUGAUGUUAAGGAGUGUAAUUCAAAGAGAUUUGGUGGAGUGGAUGAAAGGUGUAAAAAUGAUUUUCAUGUAGAAGUUGAAGGCUCUUGUAGCUCUAUGGAAAUUGCUUCAGAGGAAGGUGGAAUAUGUUCAAGCGGAGGCUUUGCCUUAAAUAGAGCUGCUGAUCCCACUCAAAGUAGCACUUUUAGUUCUGAUAACUGCUCAUCAUGUCUAAGUGAGGGUGAUAACAAUACCACCUCGUCAAACCAUGAAAAUACAGAAUCCUCAAUCACAUCAGAUUCAGAAGAUGUUAGCCGGCAAUCCGAAGUAAGAAAUAAUUUGGAUUGCAUGGAAAAUAUGUUGUCUGAUUGUCAUGAAGUUGCCAUAGAGAUUAACCAGAAUGCCAAUGGUGAGGGUUUAGCAAGAAGUUCAAGUUCACUGAUUGUUCCGGCCAUGGAUGGUACAAGAGAUUAUGCAAUUGGAAAUCUUGUGGAAACUUCCCAAAAUUUUGAUACUUGUUUUUCUACCACUAUUGUGUGUUCUCAACGUCAAAGUAUGCUUCCACCGGUGUCAAACAAAAAUAUACGUUUUCCAGUUUUUCAAGCUCCUUCAACGGUGGGUUAUUUCCAUCAAAAUCCGGUUUCAUGGCCAGGAGCUCCCACAAAUGGGUUGAUACCCUUCCCACACACAAAUCCCUAUUUAUAUGGUAGCCCUCUUGGAUAUGGCUUAAAUGAGGACCCACGCUUCUGCUUGCAGUAUGGAGCCUUGCAGCAACCAGCUCCCUUAUUCAACCCUGCUAUUCCAGUUUAUCAGCCAGUUGGUAGAGCUAAUGUCUUGAAUGCAGAGGAACGGCCUGGAGUUUCAAAGCCAGCUUCUUUGGUAGAGCAUCUUAAUGGAUCUAUUGCAGAAAGGGUCGUUCCACCUGGAGCUAUUUCCAAGAAACCAGCAUUAUAUGGAGAAGUUGUGCAUGAUAAUUCUGCCAAGUCACCUGAGAGUAACAAUGAUUUUUCCUUGUUUCAUUUUGGUGGACCCGUAGCCCUUUCAACAGGAUGUAAAUCGGUGCACACAUCUUUGAAUGGAGAUACUGUUGACGAUUUUGGGUCAAAAAGUUCAGCAGAUAAUGUUGAAAAUGUUCAUAAUUGCAAUAAGAAAGAGACUCCAGCCAUGGAGGAAUACAACUUGUUCGCAACAAGUAAUAACUUAAGGUUUUCAAUUUUCUAA